AUGUAUGUUUAUUGCGAUGAUGGUUUAUGGUUUGUUGGAGAGGAACGAGCAGUAAUGCUGAACAUCAGUUCUGGUUGCGUUCCGCCUGAAAUAACUGAUCGUACAUGCGGUCUAGAAUUAGAUAGUAAGCAGACUGAUUCACCAAAUGUAGAAGAAUUAACCACUGAGCAACCAAACCAAAUGACUGAUGCUACAUGUACCAGUACACCUCAGAGCUUAGACAACACUACACGUAAUAUUUAUGACAUUGAAACUAGGUCUACGAGUCGACGGCAGAGGGAAACGGAAGGAACAAAUCCAGAAAAAGAAGGUACCGGUACACCACAGAGCUUAACCAACAUCACACGUGAUAUGUAUGACAUUGGAACUAGGUCUACGAGUCAACGGAACAUGGAAACGAAAGGAACAAAUCCAGAAAAAGAAGAAAACAUAAUUAUCGAAACGAAUGACAUUGAGAAACGGAUCAUCAGAACACUGUUUGAAGGCAAUAAUACUAGUGAAAUUGGAACUGGAAUAAGCAGAGACUUUGCAUAUUCCAUUCACAACAACAAAACCACUGAAUUAAACAUUGAUGGUGAAUAUGGUAUUGCAACUAUCAAACUCAAAGUAAACAGUAAACAAACUGACGGAUACUACAUAUCAGUUGCAACAAUGUUCUCUGUCGUUAUUGAUAUUGAAGGCAAAUUGCUAAACACAACAGUUAUAUCGUGUGGUGUUUACUAUGUGAUUGCUGAAAGAGCUCCAUAUCGAAUAUCCACAGUCGAGAUACAUAUAAGCUUCCCCAGAGAACCGACGUUUUUAGAUGCGAAGAACAACAAUCUUAGGACAGAGAAAAGAUGUCAGUAUAUCGAUGAAACGCUUCUAGAAUGGUUGGAUGUUGGAUGCAGAGGCAGUGAUGAUAAUACAUGUUCCUGCAGUCACACCACCAAUUUUGCAAUUCUCAUGAAAAUUGACGAAUGUUAUAUUGAAAAAAAGUACGCAAAAAUUCUUAACAUUCUGACAUACACAUGUCUUAGUGUAUCAAGCGGAUGUCUAACAGUGGUGGUCUUCACAACCGUCUUCCUUAGGGAAUUGAACAAAAGUAUACGUUUUAUCAUUAUUCGGAAUAUGAGCAUUGGGCUUUUAAUAGUCAACGCAUUGGUGGGAUUUGCAUCUCUUAUGGCAGACAUAAAGAUAUUAUGCGGUGUUGUAACUGCGGGGCUACACUACUCUUUACUCGCUGUGUUCUGUUGGAUGUCAAUUUAUACGACCGAUAUGUUCAUGAAAGUGGUGAAUACGUUUGCUGACCACGAUGGGAGGCUAAGGUUCUAUCGCCUGCUGGGAUGGGGCGCACCAUUGGUCAUUGUCGGUGCUACUGUGGCAGUUACGAGAGAGGACUACGCAUCGGAUAAAUGUUGGUUGAACACUGAAAACCUCGCUACUCUAGCCCUCAUCAUUCCAGCUGGCCUCUCCACAAUGGUCAAUAUAAUGCAGUUGACUAAAGUUACUUAUGUGACGUAUCGAAAAGUUGUGACAAGUUGUAAAUCUACUAACGUUGAGGAGCAGAGAAAUCUUGUCUGCCGAGUAAUGAUGCUCUUGCCUGUAGUUGGAGUCACGUGGCUUUUCGGUUUGGCGUCUUCAGCAAUAUGUUCUAUUGCCACCGAGUUCAUAUUCGUUUUUCUCAACUCUUCACUAGGUGCCAUUGUUUGGCUGACGCAAAUAAGAUUCAGUUCCGAGGCUCAAACGGCAUGGAAAAAAUGUAAAGAACGUAAAAUUCACAAUACGGUGAGCGUUUUAACAGAAGAACAGAAGUCAGGAUCAUUAUAGAUAGGCCUAUUUGGCGACAUGACAGAACAGACGAAUCUGUUCCGAUGCGUACGUAUGAUUGUGGGGAAGCCGUCCCACCUUUAACUCCUGCCCAAACCAUUAACCAGGAUGAAUGCAGAACCGGAACCAAAAACAGUCUGAAUUCUCCGUUUAUUGUCGUGCACAGUACUGACUUGGAAGUUGCAAUAACAACACACAAGAGAAGGAAAAAGUGCAGGAGCGAUUUACACAAUUUAAAAAGUAUACUAUACUGUAUGUCAUGAGCUCGAAAAGUUGUAAUUUAUGAAUGGUGAACCCAAGCUAAUAUAUUGGCUUAUAAAUAUGUUUUAAGGAAAUAAUGUUUGUAAUUGUACUACAGUCCAAAUGUAAUUCUACUACGACAGUAAAACUACAGUAUUUGAAUACUAUGGACUUAAUUAACAUAAUAUGCCUACGUGAACGCAAAUGUUUACAUGUGUUUACGCACGUGUCCAACAAACACACUUGUUAUCCCACAAACGCACGUGUUUAAGUAUGUUUUUAUACUGUCGUUUUGUGGGACCUUAGCAACAGUAUCCAAGGGGCGAGGCUUAGCGGAAAAGUCGAUAAUGAUGAUAAUAAUUUAUGAAAAUCAUACAUUUUGACUGAUCUUGUAUUUGUGUUUCAAAAUAAUCUCUAUAUAUUUCAUUGUUGUUGGUUGAAUAGACAGUUGUUUUGUGAAUAAAUGAUA